CGAGCGCUCGUGGGCACGAGUUUCCUCGUUUUGCGCACAUUCACAUUAGAAUUUCUUACGUUACAAUUGUUUAGUCGCAGCUAUGAAGUUGAACAUUGCCUACCCAGCCACUGGCUGCCAGAAGCUCCUGAAGAUAGAUGACGAAAAGAUCUUGUCUGUGUUCUACGACAAGAGGAUCGGACAGGAAGUACCAGCUGAUAGGCUCGGAGACGAAUGGAAGGGAUAUAUCCUGAAGAUAUCCGGAGGUAAUGAUCUGCAAGGAUUCUGCAUGAUGCAGGGUGUGCUGACCAACACUCGUGUCAGGCUUUUAUUCAAGGAUGGUAUGCCUAACUACAGACUCCGACGAUCCGGUGUCCGCAAGAGGAAGUCCGUCAGAGGAUGCAUCGUAGACUCUCAGCUCAGUGUUUUGGACCUCGUUAUCAUGAGGAAGGGAGAUGGAGAAAUCCCCGGACUUACCGAUGUCACCGCACCCCGUCGUCUUGGACCCAAGAGAGUUGGAAAGAUCAGGAAAUUGUUCAACCUGAGCAAGGAGGAUGACGUUCGACAGUAUGUUGUUCACAGACCACUCCCAGAGAAGGACGGAAAGAAAGCCAGAUCCAAGGCACCCAAGAUCCAGCGACUUGUCACUCCCGCCAGAAUUCAGCGCAAGAGGAAGGUACUGGCCCUCAAGAAACAGAGGACAGAGAAGAACAAGGUCCAGGCUGCCGAAUUCGCCAAACUGAUCGCCCAGAGACUGAGGGAGAAACGACAGGCUCUCCUCUCCCGUCGCCGAUCAAGCAACAGAACCUCUACUUCAUCUGCUUAAUUUUAUUGAAUUUUGUAUUUUAAUUAUUCGAAA